AUGGUUCAAAUUAAUCAAAAAUAUACUGUCGCUUCAUUCGUUCCUCGCUUCUCGGAUACUCUCGUUCAGGACAUCGACUUCAAGCCCACCGACCGAGUCCUCGACAUCGGAUGUGGCGAUGGGAAAUUCACCACCUCUUACUCCUCCGCAGUAAGCCAUGUAAUGGGAGUAGAUUCCUCCUCAGCAAUGAUCGAGGCCGCAAAAACAUUCAACUACGGCGGCGUCACCACAGACUUUCGGGUCGUUGAUUGUCGACACUUGGACCAGGAAGAGGAUAUCCUGAAUGGACAAUGGGAUAAAGUAUCAUCCAAUGCCGCUUUACACUGGAUUCUGAAUGACCCAACCACUCGCGUCUCUACGAUUGAAACCAUUUUCAAAUCCAUGAAGCCGGGAGGAACGUUCUUCUUCGAGAUGUGCGGAUUCGGAAAUGCUCCUGAGAUGGUCACGUCCUACACCUAUUCACUAGUAAACCACGGCGUCCCCCUCGAGCAGGUAGAGGCAGCAUGCCCUUGGUUCCAUCCUUCUGAUGACUACAUGAAACGCCUGCUCGAGGAGGCAGGGUUUGAAGUCAGGUAUAUUACUCUCGAGCCAAAGCCUUUGAAGAUGAAUUCUCAGAUCAAUGGUGGUCUUAAGGGCUUUAUGAAACUCAUUGGUAACCCUUGGUUGAAUGUUUUGAAGACCGAGGAGGAAAGAGAGUCUUGUUUGGAUGAGAUGUGUCGUAUGCUUCGGAGUGGAACUACGAAAGAGGAUGGGUCUCAAUACAUCACUUACUAUGGUCUUCGAUGUGUGGCUGUCAAGCCUUAG